AUGGCUACCCCUAGUGUCCUCGCUUUUGACGCUGAGGGUCGAGCUAUUGACUUUGAGGUCUGGGUCGACGACCUGCAGCUGUUUUUACAGUGCGAUAGGGCGGACGGCCUUUCUCUCUUUGACCUCACCUCUGGCGCCUCCCCUGCUCCUACUGCUGAUGCUGACCCCACUGUUCGCUCUCAGUGGGCCACCCGCGAUGCUGCUGCACAUCUUGCUGUGCGUCGCCACCUGCCUACCACUGAGCGCGCGCACUUUAGUCAGUACAAGAGUGCUCAGACCUUGUACGACGCUGUAGUUGCGCGCUACUCUUCCCCUGCCACUGCUGCACUGAGCCGCCUCAUGCUACCGUACCUCUUUCCUGACCUUGCUGCCUUUCCUACAGUCGCUGACCUCAUCACGCACCUCCGCACUUCUGACACUCGCUAUCGCGCCGCACUUCGUGCUGAGUUCUGCGCCAAGAACCCCCCCCCCAUGUACAUCGCUCUCUAUUACAUAGUCACUCGCCUCCCUGACUCCCUUCGCAUAAUCAGGGACCACUUCCUCUCAGUCUGUCCCACCACCCUCACUGUCGACCUCCUCGAGAAGGCCCUAAUAGCGGCGGAGAAGAGCAUAGUCGCUCUAGGAGCCUCUCGUGGUGACCCGCGCACCCCCAUCUUUGAGGGGUGUUCUCCUUCCCCCCUGCUGCCCUCUGUUGCCUCUUCUGCUGCUGCCGACCUGCUUGGUCUUGAGUCGGUCGGCGCGGCGUCUGCUCCUAGCGGGAGACGCCGCCCUGGCAAGGGCAAGGGGGGCAAGGGCGCGGGUGGAGCUGGCGGGGGCGGUGAAGGUGGCAGUGGCGGUGGCAGAGGGAGUGGGGGUGGCGGUGGGAGUGGUGGUGGGGGUGGUGGUGGUGGUGGCGGCAGCGAAGGCGGCGGCGGUGGCGGCGGAGGCGGUGGGAGCGGAGGCGGCGGUGGUGGCGGAGGUGGAGGCGGCGGUGGCGGAGGAGGUGGAGCCGGUCAGGGUAGUGCCCCGCAACGGAGCGGCUCUGGUGGUGGUCAGCGCCAGCAGCAGCAGCAGCAGCGUUCUCGGGACAUCCCCCCGCCUCAGCAGCUCCGUGAGUGGUACACGCAGCGUCAGCGUGGUGGGGGUCUUGGCCCGUGCACCUACGUUCUUCGUUCCGGCGACCGCGCGGGUGAGCAGUGUGGGGGUGCCCACUCCACCCAGCGCUGCUUUGGCCGCCUGACGGACGCUUGGCGUCAGCAGUUCCCCGAGGCUAGUGAGAUUCCCCACUGGGGAGAGCUGUCUAGGGCUGGCGUAGCGAUCUUUGAUCUUGACUUUGAUGCUAUCCUUGCUGCCAUGUAUGCUGUGACUAUUAGUGAUGAGGGUGACUGUUACCGGUGUUUCCCGCCCGACCCGGGCAUUGGUACUGCUGCGCUAGGUGCUUGUGAGGCUACUGCUCUAGGUGCCAGUGCGUCUGCACUCUCAGGUACAAGUGAGGCUGCGCUCUCAGGUACUGCGUCGGCUUCGGCCUCCCUCACCUUCACACUUGACUCAGGGGCUUCUCGCUCCUUCUUUCGAGACCGCACCACACUCACGCCGCUUGAUCGGCCGGUUGCAGUCUCCCUGGCUGACCCCUCUGGAGGUCCUGUCCUCGCUCACUUCUCCACUGUCCUCCCGUGUCCGGCUGCCCCCUCGGGCACCCUGUCGGGUCUGUACCUCCCCUCGUUCUCGACGAACUUGGUGAGUGGUGCUGACCUGCAGGAUGCGAGGGUUCACCAGUUUACUCCUGCGAGUCAGCGGGGGACCCACUGCUCGGACGCCCGCACAGGCCGACACCUAGCCACGUUUUCGCGUCGGCCCGGGUCGAGUCUCUACACCCUGACCACUGAGUCUCCUCCGGUCCCUGCGUCUGGCCAGGUAGCUGCGUCGGGUCAGGUGUUUGCUGCUGCGUCCAGGUCUGGUCCUGAGUCUGCCCCCUGCUCGUAUCGCCUCCUGUCUCACGAGACUCUCUUGUGGCACCACCGUCUUGGCCACCCCUCCUUGCCUCGUCUUCGGGGCAUGGCUUCCUGUGUUCUUGUCUCUGGUCUCCCCCAGUCUCUCCCUCCCCUUCCUUCGGGGCCAGGACCUUCCUGUGUCCCCUUUGUCGAGGGGCGGCUCCGGGCUGUCCCUCACUCCUCCCAUUUUCCCCCGACAGAGGCUCCUCUGCAGACGCUUCACAUGGACGUGUGGGGCCCGGCCCGCGUCCGUGGACAGGGUCACGAGCGCUACUUCCUGCUGGUAGUUGACGACUACUCGUGUUACACCACGGUCUUCCCCUUGCGCAACAAGGGUGAUGUCACUGGGACCUUGACGCUUCCGGACUCUCCACACCAAAAUGGGAUUGCUGAGCGCCGCAUUGGCAUGGUCAUGGACGUCGCUCGUACGUCCAUGAUGCAUGCGGCUGCCCCCCAUUUUCUUUGGCCGUUUGCGGUUCAGUACGCGGCACAUCAGCUCAACCUUCACCCCAGGGUCUCCCGGCCGGAGACCUCCCCAGCUCUGCUGUGGACGGGGAAGGUUGGCGAUGCGUCAGCGUUCCGUGUCUGGGGAUGUCGGGCGUUUGUCCGCGACUUGUCUGCGGACAAGCUGUCCCCUCGUGCUGCUCCCUAUGUCUUCCUAGGCUUCCCCCGUGACUUCCCUGGGUGGCAGUUCUACCACCCAUCCUCUCGUCCUGUUCUGUCCUCCCAGGACGUCACGUUCGACGAGUCAGUACCCUACUACCGCCUCUUCCCCUACCGCACUCCUUCCCUCCCCCCGCCACCGCACUUCCUUGUGCCAGGUCCCCCCCCGAUAGACCCCCUUCCCCCUCAGGGUCCUGCCCCUUCCGGUGUGUCCAAGGUAGAUGCAUUCGAGCCGGUCGAGGUUGCUGGUGACUCAAGUACUGCUGGGGGUGCUGAGCCUGGGGGUGCUGAGCCUGGGGGUGCUGACUCUGGGGGUGCUGAGCCUGGGGGUGCUGAGCUUGUGGGUGCUGCCUCUGGGGGUGCUGCGCGCGUGGGUGCUGAGCCUGGGGGUGCUGAGCCUGGGGGUGCUGCGUCUGGAGCUGCUGAGCCUGGAGGUGUGGAGCGUGCGGCCAUUGGACCUCCCCUUGUGGCGUCAGGCGGUGCUGGGCCUGGAGGUUCUCCGGGUGUUUCGUCUCGUCGGGAGCCACUCUCUCCACAGGAGCUGCGUGAGUGGUUUGCUCGCCGCUGGAGGCGUACUGCUGGAGCUGGCGCUUCUUCAACCGCUAAGGGUGCUGGUGCCGCCGGUACCGGAGCUGCUGGGCCUGCGGGUCCGCCUGGAGCUCGACCUGCUCAGGGUGUUGGUUCUGAGACUACUACUGUCAGUCCUGGUGUUGGUCGUGCUGCGGGUGCUGCUGGUGCUGCUGGAGGUCCUGCCGCUGGAGGUGCUGUUGGCGCUGGUGCUGCCGGAGGUGCCGAGGGUGCUGGUGCUGUCCCUGCUGUGCCUGGUGCUGCCGCGCGGCCUCGGCCGUACUUUGUUCCGCUUCUUCAGCAGGUUCUUGGUCUUCCUCCUCUCUUAGAGUGUCCACCGCCUGUCAAGUCGCAGUCACAGUUACCGCCGGCCUCCCCACUGCCUUCUCCUUCACCUUACACUUGUCCUACUGGAGGUCUUGCUGAGCGUCGUGAGCCUGCGUCUCGUCCUGCGUCGCCUGUUCGUGCGGCUCGCACUAGUGGUCGCAGUUCGCGUCAUCCUCCUCCUCCUGUCCCUGGCACGCACCGGAUGUCUCUGCGUCCGUCCACUGCUCCUCUGCGUGCCCCUUUGCCCUCUCCUCCUGAGUCCUCUCUUCCUGCGCUUGCCGACCCUGAGUCGGACUCUCUUCGUGCUGCCAGUCCUACUGUCACGCGUCUCCUUGCUACUGUCGUCACUGACCCCUCCUUUGAGUCCACUGCUGCGUCUGCUCUUGUUGCUGAGCUCGUCGACUUUGCUGCUCGCUGUCGUCUAGACUACACUGCUAGUCUUGUUGCUGAGUCUGCGUCUGUCUGUCCUCCGUCCGUCGGGGACCCGGAUGCACUAGACAUCCCGACUCCGCGCUCUUACGCGGAGGCCGUAGAGGGUCCCUACUCCUCUCAGUGGCAGGCAGCUAUGGAUGCAGAGAUGGCUUCCUGGAAGUCCACAGGCACCUACGUUGACGCGGUUCCCACUCCUGGGGCGAACAUCGUCAGUGGGAUGUGGAUCUUCAGGGUGAAGCGGCCGCCGGGCUCUCCACCUGUCUUCAAGGCGCGGUACGUGGCUCGUGGCUUCAGUCAGCCGCAGGGAGUUGACUACUUUCAGACCUUCUCUCCCACCCCGAAGAUGACCACUGUUCGGGUGCUGCUGCACAUAGCCGCUCAGCGCGACUACGAGCUCCACUCUCUUGACUUCAGCACUGCUUUCUUGCAUGGUAGCCUGCACGAGGAGAUCUGGCUGCGCCGUCCACCUGGCUUCACUGGGACUUUCCCUCCUAGCACCCAGUGGAGCCUCUGGCGGCCAGUCUACGGUCUCCGCCAGGCACCGCGUGAGUGGCACGACACACUGAGGACUACGCUUGCGGCUCUUGGGUUUGCUCCCUCUACUGCUGACCCGUCGUUGUUUCUGCGCACCGACACUUCUCUGCCGCCGUUCUACAUCCUUGUGUACGUCGACGACUUGGUCUUUGCCACAGCGGACACUGCUGGACUCGCCUACGUGAAGUCUGAGCUGCAGAAGAGACACACGUGCACAGACCUCGGUGAACUGCGCAGCUACCUUGGCUUGCAGAUCACUCGGGACAGAGCACGCCGCACCAUUACCUUGACUCAGUCACACAUGGUGCAGCAGGUCCUUCAGCGCUUCGGCUUCACGUACUCCUCGCCUCAGGCCACUCCUCUGUCUACUCGCCACUCGCUCUCAGCUCUGCCUUCGGAUGAGUCCGUAGAGUCGAGUGGUCCGUACCCAGAGCUUGAGCUUCGCUGGCUCACCUACCUGCUGACUGACCUUGGAGAGCCGCCUCGUUCUCCUCCAGUGCUGUACGUAGACAACAAGGCCAUGCUGGCCUUGUGUCGAGAGCAGCGCCUGGAGCACAGAACGAAGCACAUUGCUCUCCGCUACUUUCUUGCUUGUGAGUUGCAGCAGCGUGGUCAGUUGCGACUUGCGUACGUGGCCUUUGAGGCCAACACUGCUGAUGUUUUCACCAAGGCACUUCCGCCUUGUGAUCAUCAGCGUUUCUGCACUCAGCUGGGACUUGUCCCAGUCUUGCCUCACUUGCUCACCUCUUGA